UGGACACCCGAUGGGAGGGACUAAAGUGUGCAUCACCUACGGGGAGCACAAAUGAACUCUCCUCUAAGAAAAUACAGGAAUACGAUGAUACAUUACUUUUAGCCUGAAUGUGUGUGUGAUAUCUUUUUUACCACACGUGUGGAAUAGCAGUGCUGAGGCGGGGUGGUGUUUGAAACUCAGAGGCAGCUGGCACUUGCAACAACAGUGCAAUGGCCAGUACAGAGGAUGUGAUUGAGCCAGUGGCUCAAAGCUCAACAGCCCAAAACCUGGGCAGGAGACGCUUUUUGAACGACCUGCACAUUCUGAGUCCAGAUGAGAUAGAUGGCCUCAUGUCAAGCAGUGAGGGUCGUCCAUUCCUUGUGGUGCAUCAUCUUCAUGAAGUAAAAGAGGAGGGUGUACCUUACCUGAUGCCUGGUAUCCCUAUUACAUGCAGAGUGGACAACACUGAGAAAUACACUACUCGCUCAAAGGUCCAUGUAGGCACGCUGUACACAGUACGGCUGACUCAUGGCCACUUUCACUGGACAGUGAAGAGAAAGUACAAGCACUUCCAGGAGCUACAUCGGGACCUUUACAAGCACAGGAUGAUGCUUCAUUUGCUGCCUCUGGGAAAGUUUGCAAAGGACAGGCAGCAGAUGAGAGCUAUGUCAGAGGAAAUGCCCAGCCUACACGGGACUGAAAGGACCAGAAGGACUUCCAGCAAGAUGAAAUACCUUGAGGAGUACCUGAAUGGCCUGCUGGAGAACGUAUUUUGUAGGAAUGAUCACAGCAUGCUGGAAUUCCUCUCUGUCGGUGCUCUCUCCUUCGUCACUGAUCUUGGACCCAAAGGCUUGGAGGGACCCAUCUACAAGAGGUCCGGGGGCCACCGGAUCCAAGGGCUGAACUGCAUUGGCCAUCAUCAGUUCUGUUUCCGCUGGUCACGGCGCUGGCUGGUGGUGAAAGAUUCCUUCCUGAUGUAUAUGGACAGAGACAACGGCAGCAUCAACUUUGUGCUGCUGUUUGACCCAGAGUUCAAAGUGAAAGUGGGCCGUGCUUACACAGACACCAAAUAUGGAGUCUGCUUUGAGAACUUCACUCGGAGUCUGAUCAUCAAAUGCAGCAGCUACAGACAGGCUCAUUGGUGGAGUCAUGAAAUCAACGGGCUGGCAGAAAGCUCUGACUUUCUCAAAGUGCAACGAUUCGAAGGAUUCGCUCCGCCACGGGAGAACACACUCACUAAAUGGUAUGUGAAUGGAAGUGGGUACUUUGCAGACCUGGCUGAUGCUCUCGAGCAAGCCAAGGAGGAAAUCUACAUCACAGAUUGGUGGCUCAGCCCUGAAGUGUUCCUAAAGAGACCAGCAACUGAUAACUACUGGCGCCUGGAUGAGAUACUCAAACGCAAAGCAGAACAAGGAGUUAAAGUGUGCGUUCUUCUCUACAAAGAGGUGGAGAUGGCACUCGGCAUCAAUAGUGAGCACAGCAAGAGGACUCUUAUGAAUAUGCACCCAAACAUCAAGGUAAUGCGACACCCUGACCAUGUGUCGUCUGUGGUGUUCCUGUGGGCUCACCAUGAAAAGAUGGUGGCCAUUGACCAAACAGUAGCCUUUGUGGGGGGGCUUGACCUGGCUUUUGGGAGGUGGGAUGACAGCCAGUACCGGCUAACUGACCUGGGUAUGACAGAGAGAGCCAACAGUGUGACCGAUGGGAAGCCCAAAGGAGAUACUGGAGAUAAUGGUGUGGCUGAUGGUCUCCAGCCAAUUGAACCAGAUAAGCAAGCAGAGCAAGACCCCGGUGAUCUGACUGGCAACACCAAACUGUGGCUUGGCAAAGACUAUAGCAACUUUAUCAGGAAAGACUGGGUCCAACUAGACAAACCGUUCGAAGAUAACAUCGACCGUACUCAAGUUCCUCGCAUGCCGUGGCGUGAUCUGUCUGCAGCUAUUCAUGGUAAGGCUGCCAGGGAUGUAGCCCGCCACUUCAUCCAGCGCUGGAACUUCACCAAGAUCUUCAAAAACAAGUACAAGGACGAGUUCUACCCUUACCUUCUCCCCAAAUCUCACUGUACUGCUGACUCACUCUCAUUCACUGUGCCUGGGUCCACAAAAGCCAAAGUGCAGGUGUUGCGCUCUGCUGAUCGUUGGUCUACUGGAACCUGUGAGAACUCGAUCCUCAACGCCUACAUCCAGACCAUCAACAACAGCGAGCACUACAUCUACAUCGAGAACCAGUUCUUCAUCAGCUGUGCCGAUGAGAAGACUGUCCAUAAUAGGAUCGGCGAUGCCAUUGUGGAUCGAAUCUUGCGAGCACACAGAGAGCAGAAGAAGUACAGGGUGUUUGUGGUGGUUCCUCUGCUUCCUGGAUUUGAGGGAGACAUCAGUGCAGGAGGUGGCAAUGCCAUCCAAGCUAUUCUGCACUUCACUUACAGGACCAUGUGCCGAGGGGAGCACUCCAUCUUGUCAAGACUUAGUGAAAUUGAGGACCAGUGGACUGAGUACAUCACACUCUGCGGCCUGAGAACGCAUUCCCAGCUCUCCCAGUCGUUUGUCACAGAGCUCAUCUAUGUUCACAGCAAGACCCUCAUUGCUGAUGACCGCUGCUAUAUCAUUGGAUCAGCCAACAUCAAUGACCGCAGCAUGCUGGGCUGUAGAGACAGCGAGCUGGCAGUGUUUGUGGAAGAUGAAGAGCGGGUCCCAUCCGUCAUGGGAGGGGAGGAGUACCAGGCAGGACCCCUCACACUCGCUCUGCGCAAAGAGUGUUUCAGUGUUCUUGUUGGAGCUUCUUCGGACCCCAGUAUCAAUAUUGAUGAUCCAAUCAGUGAUGAUUUCUUCUUCUUGGCCUGGAAUGCUGCUGCUAAACAGAAUGCCACCAUUUAUGAUAAGGUCUUCAAAUGUCUGCCCUGCAACACUGUCCACAACAUGCGAGAGCUGAAGGACUACUCCAGCGAGGAACGCCUCUUCGACACAGACCCUGAGCAGACCAGAGAGGAGCUGAAAGCUGUCCGAGGGCUGCUGGUCCGCUUCCCCCUGAAGUUCCUGUGUGAGGAAAACCUGCUGCCCCCACUGGGCACUAAGGAAGGCAUGGCUCCUAUAGGGCUUUGGACAUAACCACAGCUCAGCCCAGAUCAGACCACUACAUAAUGGCAACAACGACUGCUGCACCACAUUCUCCUCCUCCUUGUAGUUCCAGCUAGUGUUCAGCACAGUACACUAAAGUAGUUACAGCACUGGCACUUCCAUGGUGAGGAGAACACAUUACUUUAGCACAAUUUACUUGUUCAUCAUUGAUGUUUUUUUAUCGUAUUGUAUUUUUGAAUGAUGAUGGGCUCGUGUGGACAUAACCACUGAAAUCUACCGGCCAGCUUGUUCAUGAUGUCUGCAGAACACAUAAAUGAAUGUACGAGUCAGGAGAGGAUUGCAAGGUUGUAUUGCAAAUCAAGCAUCUCACAUGAUCUGGGAACAUAGUGUACAGUUAUUGGUGCAAGGUUUUUGGGUGGGUGGGUGGCUCUCUCUCUUUCUCUCUCACGCUCACUCUCACUCUCUCCCUCUGAGGCUUCACCUCUCACUGCAGUGCCAGCAAAUCUGUCAGAACAUUUGUGGUUGUUAUGGUGACGGAUAUAAAGAGAUGACUGGAUGGUAGCUGAAAUAAAGACUGGAUAGAGCAGAAAAGGGACAGUACUGAUAAGAGGGAUAACUUACUAAAUCAGGAUGCUGUAUCGGAAAAUAGUAGCUAACAUGUUGAGUGAGGACUGACGGAAGCAAAGUCAUUUUAAUAGUUUUGGAUAAAUGAUCAGGUGGGAAAACUGUGGGGGGGGGGAGGACAAGAUAAUUAGAGGGUGUUGAUUUACCGUUAAUUGUUGCUUUUUUUAUAGUUACCAUGACAACCAAGUGAAUUAUUUUUUAACCAUGUUGUCAGCAGUCGAGAACAGAACAUUCCCCUAUCUGCUUGGCUUUGAGAAAGCAGAGACAUGGAUAGUUUGACCAUUGCAUUUCAUUUUUUAGGUAUUUCCAUAUUGGUUCCACAGUUCUGUGUCCCGGUGCUAUAAAUCUACCCAAUGAUAAUUGAUUACAUUUAGCCUUAACACUGUAACUGAGUAGUGACAUAAUGUGGCUUUCAUUCAUGCUGCUGGAGCAUUAUCAAGUCAUAUUUCUAAUCUUAAGCCAACUCCAAACUAACUGCUAUCUCCCUUUACUGAGCCAUGAGGAACUGUGUGAGUACUAUCGAGCAAUCUGGACAAGUCUGGCAUUGGGCAGAUACGUAGCAUCAGUGGUGAAUGUAGACAGGCAACUACUGAUUUGGAAAUAUGUAAUAAUUCAACAGAUCACACUGUAGACGCUGCAAUCUUCAUGUAGAAAAACAGGACUAAGUAUGUUGCUAUUUUUAUGCAGUGGGGUUUGGAGUUUGAAUAUAAGGAAGUUCUGUAACCUGAGAUUGAACAGAUUUGUAUGUGUUUGAGGGUCACAUACAAUCACACAAUCCUGUGUGGCACACAGUCUUGCCAAGUUUUACCAGUGCCUCUGUAAAUUAUCCUCUCAAAGUUUUAAGAGUUUUAGAGAACAACCAGCAGACAAUGGGCAGCAUAUGGAGCUUGUGAAUAGGCUUUCUUGGCCUUGAUGCAUCUAUGUCAACAGAUGACUUAGAGUGAUGCAUUGUACAUGACAUUACCAUAAUCCAGUUCAUAAUUCCCAAAAGUGAAACCUUGAUGUACCUGUGACAGAGCCAGUGAAUUUGUACAGACUUGUUUCUUGAGCUUUCCCAGACAUGCCCACAAGUCAACAACACUACUGAGGUGGUUUCAGUGCAGACUUGUCUGUGAAUGUGACAGAUGACAAGAGUCCCACGUGAACGCAGCCUUGCUCUGUGUGAGGCACCUUCACAGAGGACCUGGUAAAACCAUCUGUGUUGGUGCACUGCCGUCGUCAUAACUAUUCACACUUUUUCUUUAGGAGAUAUUAAAGCCACUAUGAGCCCUUGCACGCUAGAAGCUGGGUAUUUUCUAUCUAUUCUUAUACUGCACAAAAUGUCUGCCUUGAGUGAUAUUCUUUGUUUGAAAAUUACUCAGAAAUAUCUGAUGUGCUGAGAAGUGACCUUAUACUGUUUCUAUCAUGAAUUAUGUUUUUAUUGGGCUAAAAGCCGGCAUUACCAAUACAUUGUUAUGUAUAUAAUACCAAUAUAAACUUGUAUUUUUAACUCCCUGUUAUCCCAAACAGGCAGAUGUGUAAUCUGUAGAUCUAGGUCAUUAUCUUAAAGUUGCCAAUGUAUAGGUUACUAACACUCAGGGGUAAAGAGAUAGUAAAUAUUCUUACUCAAUUGCUUCAGUACAGUUAUGAACAACUGUAAGGCAUGUAACUUUCCUUGUUUUUUUUUAUAGAGUUUCUAACUGUAUAUCUAUUUUACUUUGAUUUAAAAAUUGUUAUUCAAAUCAAAAACUUCCCAUGUACUGUUUUUAUAUUUGAAUAUACAGUCAAUUGUGUACUUUUAAUAAAUGUAGGUACAUUUAUAAACAUAUACAAAGAUAAUGUAACAUUUAAAUAUGAAAAUAAGGAUAUGUUGGCAUAUCUAUUAUUAACUAUUAUCUAUUAUUCAUGACAGACACAACCAGAAGCUACUGUUAUCACCUAGUGACAUUGGCGAUAUUUUACUAAGUGGUGAGGUUUAUAUGCUUUGCUGUCUGUAUAUGCUUAGAUCAAAUUGUGUGUUUUCAUAGAGUACAUUAGAGACUGACAUGUUAACAGGACAUUGGCACAGUUUAACUCAAAAUUAAAUUUUAAGUAACCCCCAGA